UUCAUGAAGUUUUACUACAUAUUGUAGGUCGACCUGUGAGGUGUUGCAGAAGACAAGAUGUUGUCGAGAUUAAGUUUUCGUAACAUUUCUUCGCAAGUGAAGGCUAUAGGCACUUGUGGAAUUCAAACAACGGCAGUAACAUCAUCUGAUGGACCACGUCCAAAACGUCCUGUAGAGGCAUCACCAGUUAGGAUGGGAUUUAUUCCAGAUGAAUGGUUUCAAUUUUUCUAUCCUAAAACUGGGGCAUCAGGUCCAUAUGUAUUUUUAACAACUGUUUCAACAUACUUAUUAUCUAAGGAAUGGUAUGUUUUGGAACAUGAAUAUUAUGGUGGACUUUCAUUACUUUCUAUUAUUCUAUAUGUACAUUUCAAAUUUGGAGACAAAAUUUCAGCAUAUUUCACUAAAGAAAUUGAUAUGGUAGAGGAGAGCCUUAAUAAUAGUAAAAAUGAAUCUAUAGCUGAACAUCAGGAUGCAAUUGAUAGUAUGGAAAGAGAAAAGUGGCGAACUGAUGCACAACUAAUGAUUUAUGAUAUAAGAAAACAAAAUAUUUGGAUGCAGUUAGAAGCUUGUUAUAGGGAACGUUUAGCAACUGUUCACAAACAAGUUAAAACAGUUCUUGAUUAUCAUGCCCAACUAGAUACUAUUAAUCGUAGAAUAGCUCAAAAACACAUGGUACAGUGGAUUACGAUGAAUGUAUUAAAAGCUAUUACAGCUGAGCAAGAGAAAGAAAGUCUUCUACAGUGUAUCAAAGAACUAGAAACUCUUUCUGCAAAAGCUUAAAAUUUCAUACUAAACCAGAUGAAAUAGAAGUACUAUUAGUUAUCUGGAUUAGUUUAUUGUAAAAGAUAAUGAAGAU